GCUCCAGGUGACUACAGUAGCCAUAGAAACGUGAAAACGGGUCUGGAGGGAACAGUGCAUGGCGCAAAAUCAAAAAGAUUUCGUUAAUCUGCCAUUGGCAAUCUAUUUAUCCAAAGAGGCACAUGUUGAAGCGGAAUUGGAAGUGUUGUUUUAUCGGUGACGGACUUGCUGUGAAGUGUUUUUGGUGGUGAAUGAUUUAUACAGUAUUCUUGAAUUGUAUUUGAAAAUUCCAUCCAGUGACAUAGUUAAUAUAACGACCAAAUACUUGAAAUUCCAACCGUGACAGAACUAGUCGAUUUUAGCAUUUACUUAUCACUUCCGCAACUGAUUAGUGGCCUCAGCACUGACAAUUUUGCGUCCAUAAGUACAAUAGCAAAAUAGCUACAAACAAUGACGAACUAAUUUUGAAUAAAAGUAUCAUGAACAGUGACAACUGUAAAAAAACUGUGAAAGUGCGGUCUAAACAGCACGUUGGAAAUGAACCGAGUGAGGAAACGCUAAACAGUGAAAUGGACGGUGUUGUGGACGACGAAGAGGUUGAUCCUUUCACUAAGAAGAGGAGGGAGUCCUUGAAGAAUGACGUGUAUGAUAUCUGUGGCAAGGUUAUGCUCCUGGGGGACUCCGGCGUAGGAAAGACCUGCAUUCUGAUGAGAUUUCGAGAGGGGCUUUUUCUCUGCGGGAAUUUCAUAUCGACUGUUGGAGUGGACUUCAGGACAAAAGUUGUCGCAGUCGAUAACACAAAAGUAAAAUUACAAAUAUGGGACACUGCCGGUCAAGAAAGGUUCAGGAGUGUUACGCAUGCGUAUUACAGAGAUGCCCAUGCACUGCUCCUGCUCUAUGACGUGACCAAUAAAACAAGCUUCGACAAUAUUCGAGCGUGGUUGGGGGAGAUUCGAGAAUACGCACAAGACGAUGUCGUCAUUAUGCUUCUAGGAAAUAAAGCGGAUUGUGGCCACGACAGAACUGUGAGAAGAGAGGACGGGGAAAGGUUGGCGAGGGAAUACAAUGUGGCUUUCAUGGAAACCUCGGCGAAAAGCGGACAAAACGUUGAUUUGGCCUUUGUUGCGGUUGCAAGAGAACUGAAACACCGACAAAACGGCCAAAAAGACGCCAAUACCUUCAACGUGCAGGACUACGUCAGACAACAAACAGAAAAACCUCAAUGUCCGCCUUGUUACACUUAGACCGCCAAUAUGAUAAUAAAAAUGAAUUAGUUAUUUCCAAUACUGAUGAUAUAUUGCCUACUAGAGCAGUUUGUGUCUUAAAUAUCUUGUUUAUUUUUUAAAAGAAUUCAUUAUUUAUUCAUGCAUAUCUAUUAAACAUAUUGCAAUAUAUUGAUAACAAACAAUUUGAGGCUUACAGUAAUAUCAGAAGUAAGUGAUUUAUUGAAUUAUGAAUACACUGACCCGUCACGUGAUGAAAAUUAAUGA